GCGGCCUGGCCCGCGCGGCUCGCGUGGGCGCUGUCUGUGCGCACGCUUUGCCCUCGCCCGCUCUCCCCGCCGCGACCCCAGCCCAGGGCCGGAGCCGACCCCAGGCGCUGUGGCCCGGGGCGAGCAGGGCCCGCUGCGCCGCCCGCCGCCAUGCAGUCGGGGCCGCCUGGCGGCUCUGGGCCCGCGGAGCCCGGGCCUCGCCUGCGCGGCUUGCGCGGCGCGCACCCGGCCGCCUCGGCCUCCUCGCUGAGCGGGGCCGGGGCCGAAGCCGGGUGCCGCGCGCCGGCCGUAGCGGCCGUGUUGCCGGCCGGGGGGAGCGGGGAGAGGAUGGGCGUCCCCACCCCGAAGCAGUUCUGCCCCAUCCUGGAGAGGCCGCUCAUCAGCUACACCCUGCAAGCCCUGGAGAGAGUACCUUGGAUAAAGGACAUUGUUGUGGCAGUAACUGGAGAGAACAUGGAAGCGAUGAAGCGUAUUACUCAGAGGUACCAGCACGAACGUGUCUCGCUGGUUGAAUCCGGGGUGACCCGCCACAGGUCAAUUUUCAAUGGACUGAAAGCACUGGCAGAGGAUCAGCCCAACUGUAGACUCUCGAAGCCGGAAGUAGUGAUUAUCCACGAUGCUGUGAGACCAUUUGUCGAGGAAGAUGUCCUCCUUAAAGUUGUCACAGCUGCUAAGGAACAUGGGGCUGCAGGAGCAAUCCGACCUCUUGUAUCUACUGUCAUCAGUCCAUCUGCAGAUGGCUGCUUGGACCACUCGCUGGAACGUGCCAGCCACAGGGCAAGUGAAAUGCCACAGGCCUUUCUAUUUGAUGUGAUUUAUGAAGCAUAUCGGCAGUGUAGUGACUAUGACUUGGAAUUUGGAACUGAGUGUUUGCAUUUGGCUCUAAAAUACUGUCACAUCAAAGCCAAACUUGUAGAAGGAUCUCCUGACCUCUGGAAGGUGACCUACAAACGAGAUCUGUAUGCAGCUGAAUCGAUUAUUAAGGAAAGAAUUUCACAACAAAUUUGUGUAGUUAUGGACACAAAAGAAGAUGAAGCACAUGUAGGUCAUCGUCUUGAAGAAAUGUUAAAAAAUGAAUUAAAUCAGGUAAAAGUCACAUCUGGCAGAGAUCUUCAGCAAAUCAUCUUAGAGCAAUGCUACAGUUUUGUUUGUGUGAAUGUUAUGACAUCUGAUUUUGAAGAAACCCAGAUAUUACUGAAUAUGCUUGAAGAGAGAAAUCUUUCCAUUUUAUAUCCUGUUGUUGUUAUUUCAGUACAUUUUCUUGAUUAUAAAUCAGUACCAUUUGGUCAGAAAAUGGAAAACCUAAUGCAGAUUAGAGAAUUUGCCAAGGAAGUGAAAAAAAGAAAUAUUUUAUUAUAUGGCCUUCUCAUAUAUUACCCACAGGAUGAGCAGAAGCUACAGGAAAGUUUAAGGCAAGGUGCCACCAUUAUUGCUGCCAUAAUCAAAGAAAGAAAUCCUGGACUCAUUGGUCAACUACUGGUAGCAUAAAGAACAUGGAGAUAAUUACCUACUGGGUUCUUAGAAGUGUUUACCUAAGUAUCUCUUUUGUUGCUUCCCUCUGAAAUGUAUAUGGUAGAAUGUUUAAGCUGUCUUUUAUGUCCUUUAUAAUUUGUAGGAUGUGAUGCUUAGGUGAACUUAAAGAAGUUUUUAUGCAUGUCAAAUAUAAAUUGCCUAAACUGGAAAAGAACAGAUAAGUGGAAAAUAGUAGCCUUCACAUAAAGAAUCUUUUCACAAAGGCAUGAACAGUAAAAUAGAAAUAAUGAUGAGUCAGCUAAUUAUCCAAGGAAUGAGAAUUUAGAAAACGUCAAUUACUAUCUCUGUUAAUUAGUAAAUCACACUAUAAUGAAACUAAUAAAUAAGAUUAAUGAUUAUUGUUAACUCUAACAUCCUCUCUCCGUGGAUUAUUUUGAAUCGCAUUCUAAUUUUUCAUACCUUAAAAAAAAAAAAAGAGAUAGCACUGAACUCUGGUUUGAGUAUCUGCACCAUAAGCCUCACAUUACCCUACAUCCCUAAAGGAAUGGACUUUCCUUCUGUUUUUCUAAUGUUUUAAAAUUGUAUGUUUUCCUUGCUUUGUGAAAUAUAGUUUGAUUUACGUUAUUUUAAAAGGCUUCUGAUUUUUCCAAAUAACUUUAAAAGAAGACUGGAAAGCUUCAUGAAAGUUAUUUUGGUCAAGCCUAAGUCAGUCUUCUUCUAAAAGGAAGACCAUUGCAUAUCAAAUAAUUAAUUUUUCUUUUGAUAUGGGUAACUGCUGCCUUUUUUUUUUUUUAACUGCUGCCUUUUUAAGUUGAGUUCUCAUUCUUUCAAAUUUCCACUGGUACAUACAUCUUAAAUAUUGAUGAUUUUCUGCUUAUAUUUUACAGUUUUGUGAAUCCAGUCGUUAGAGAUGCCUUUUAUUCUAUGUAUACACUUACUUCAUAAAAACACAUUAGAUCAGAUUAUGCCAGGGCUCAGGCUGCAUGUGGGAACUAUAAAAGUUGCAUGAAAUGUUUUCUGCUAAAGAUAGACUAUGAAAUAUCUACUUUGUACAGCCUCAUUUUAACAUGUUGGGUGAUAUUCCCUUUAUUUCUCGAGUAUCAAUAGUAGUAGGAGGGUUUAUAUUUUACAUUAAAACAAUAGUGAGUAGAAUAUAGAGGACAUGGAAUAAUUAUUGCAAUUAUUUUCCUAAAUGAAAUGUGUUGUUUGAAUGAAUGUAUGCUUGGAUCUAAAUUCCUGGGCUCGCCGCUUUUUCUCUCUCUCUCUCGGGAUAUUAAGAAAUAUAAAAUAAAUCGUUUAAUUAAAAAUCUUGAGGAUGAAAAUAUGUGGGCAAUGGGGGGAUUUUGGUUAGAAUGUCUCUGUCGUUGUUAAGCUGGGUUGGCUGUGUUGUAAAAGGUCAUAGGUGUGCCUUUUGAUGUCUUCAGGUGAAAAUGUUUUAAGAAUUUGAAAGUGCUCAUAAAGGCAAAGAGAGAAAAGUUACCAAGAUUUUAAAGAGAAGAUGAGUGCCUUUAGGUUCAUGGUGGGAAACUGGGCAUAUCACUGGCACUGGCAACUUCUCUGUGUCUGUUGAGUGCUGGCUGAGUCACCUUAGAUUUCAGAAGAAUAAUGGAAUGUUGUGCCAGACAAGAAUUUAUCUUGGAACAGUUAGUAUGCCUUUACCCUAGGCAAUUGUAAAUGUUUAGUGUGAUGAGAUUUAGUUAACAGACUAUUAAGUUGUGUCUGAAAUCCCCAUCAUCAUCGUUAUGGCAUUUGAUUUUUUUCUUUAUAGUUUACAAAGUGAGUCACAGCAUUGAAAAUAAUUUAAAGAAAUCUCCUCAGAUCCUUUACAGUUGAGAUGGAAAUCGAGACUCAGGAAUCUUCACUACCUUCUCCAAACACAUGUGUCUGCCUAGUGGAAAAAGGCAGGGCUGAAACCUAGGACCACUGAGAAUAAGUUCUAAGCUCAUUUCCUCUGUAACAAUGAUUGCAGGCAAAGGACACCCAGCAGAGAGGCUCUGAAUGAGCGUUGGAGGAGUGGGAGAAGAAGGGACAGAUCAGUCCAGUGACCAGAGGAAGUCCUGAAGCUUUCGGCUUUCCAACCAUCUUUCCAACAUACCGAAAUUGUAGCUCAGGAUAAAGGGAAUGAAGAGAAUUAUUGGCCAAGAGAGAAAGAUAAAUUAGUUGUUUUUGUUAUUUGUUAAGAGAUCCAGGGGCAACUUUAUAGUUGUUUUUCAUCUCCAUUUCCAGAAACUUAAUUACUUUCAUGAGAACUGUCCAUUUUCACUUUACUUUCCAAAAUUCCUUUAAAAAUAAUAGUAAGUAUGCCUGAGGGUUGCUGAAAUUGCUUUCUCCCUGUGAAAAUUUUGUGAAAAGACAGUUUUCUUUCUAAAUGUAUGUUACUUAAUUACAUGCAAUUUAAAGUUAACCUUUUUAGGAAGUCAACAGUGUGAUCAGUGGUUUGAUUAAUGACAUUAUGGUAAGAGGUUUUUUCUUUUUCAUUUUUUUUUCCAUGAAAAUGCUCAAUUUGAGAGAUGACUUCUUGCAAGCACACUCAUCUACAGAUAAAAGUCAGACCCCUGUAUUCUACCUAGAGUCAUCCUUACUGUGGUCACUUUAAGCAUUUUGCAUUGGUUUACCAGGAAAACACUCUUUUCCCAUGCUAGUUUAUUAUACAUUUGACAGUUGAACAGCACAGGUUUAAAUUGCACUGGUCCACUUAUAUGCAGGUUUUUUUUUCAAUGGUAGCUACUACAGUACUGCACGGUGGUUGAAUCUGCAGAUAGGGAGGAACCACGGGUACAGAAAGCCCACUGUAAAUUAUGCACAGAUUUUUUGACUGAUGGGAGAGUCAGCGCCCCUAACCCCUGUGUUGUUUGAGGGUCAUCUGUAAUUAUACUGACCAAAGUUUAUAUGUAUAAAUACAGUAUUCAUUUUAUAAAAAUCAAGUUGCAGUACCACAUUUUCUUAUGUUAAAUCUGUAAAUUUUGCUUCCUUUUAAUGUCAAAACUAAUUAUA